CACCAACCACGCUCACUCACUUUCCACUACCGCCAACCCAUAUAAUAUAAUAAGUAAUAUACCCACAAAGACACACCACCUCCAAACACAAAUCACAAUGGCCAUGGCACUUCGAAGACUCACUUCCACCAUCAACAAACCUACUUCUCUCUAUCGCUUGUCAUCUUCUCUCUCCGCUCAACACACUCACAAAUCUCACCCCGAUUGGAUUAAACAACUCAACGAUCCUCUUGGUGUAGUAGAUCCUGAGAUCGAAGAUAUAAUCGAACUAGAAAAAGCUCGUCAAUGGAAGGGGCUAGAGCUUAUACCAUCAGAAAAUUUUACGUCGUUGUCGGUGAUGCAAGCGGUUGGAUCGGUUAUGACGAAUAAAUACAGUGAAGGUUAUCCUGGUGCUAGAUACUAUGGUGGAAAUGAGUACAUUGACAUGGCUGAGACUUUGUGUCAGAAGCGUGCAUUGGAAACUUUUGGAUUGGAUCCAACACAAUGGGGAGUCAAUGUGCAGUCAUUAUCUGGAUCUCCUUCUAACUUCCAAGUUUACACUGCUUUAUUGAAACCUCAUGAGAGAAUUAUGGCACUUGAUCUCCCCCAUGGUGGGCAUCUAUCACAUGGAUAUCAGACUGACACCAAGAAGAUAUCAGCUGUAUCUAUAUUCUUUGAAACAAUGCCAUACAGGUUGGAUGAGAGCACUGGUUAUAUUGACUAUGACCAGAUGGAGAAAAGUGCUGCACUUUUUAGGCCAAAAUUAAUAGUUGCCGGUGCUAGUGCUUAUGCCCGUCUUUAUGAUUAUGCGCGUAUUCGCAAGGUCUGUGAUAAACAGAAGGCAGUUAUGUUGGCUGAUAUGGCACACAUCAGUGGAUUAGUUGCUGCAGGUGUUAUUCCUUCUCCUUUUGAUUAUGCAGAUGUUGUAACAACCACAACACAUAAGUCACUUCGUGGACCACGUGGGGCUAUGAUAUUCUUCAGGAAGGGUCUGAAAGAGAUAAACAAGAAAGGGCAGGAAGUGCUGUAUGACUACGAAGACAAGAUAAAUCAGGCUGUUUUCCCUGGACUUCAAGGUGGUCCCCACAAUCACACUAUUACAGGCUUAGCAGUUGCAUUGAAGCAGGCUAUGACACCGGAAUUCAAGAAUUACCAGAAACAAGUUCUUAGUAACUCCUCGACAUUUGCACAGAGCUUGUUAGAGAAAGGCUAUGACCUUGUAUCGGGUGGAACUGAGAACCAUUUGGUGUUGGUAAACUUAAGAAACAAGGGCAUUGAUGGUUCAAGGGUUGAGAAGGUGUUAGAAUCAGUUCAUAUAGCUGCCAAUAAAAACACUGUUCCAGGAGAUGUGUCUGCAAUGGUUCCUGGAGGGAUCAGAAUGGGAACUCCUGCUCUUACAUCUAGGGGUUUUGUUGAGGAUGAUUUUAAAAAAGUAGCUGAAUACUUUGACGCGGCUGUCAAAAUAGCCUUACAGAUUAAGGAAAAUUCUAAAGGCACAAAGUUGAAGGAUUUUGUGGAAGCUAUGGAGUCCGAUUCACAAGUUCAAUCUCAAAUCGCUGAUCUCCGCCAUGACGUAGAAGGUUAUGCUAAGCAGUUUCCCACAAUUGGUUUUGAGAUAGAGACAAUGAAGUAUAACAAGUGAAGAUGAUGUACGGAAUUAGUUUCUUUUGGUGGAAGUUUAUGGAAUAACAAUGUUGCUGAAAAUAUUCGUAUUCUGGUCUUGGAAAAAUUUGUGAAUUAUACUAUGAAUGGUCAAGUGCAAGAGAAAAGGGAUCAAUGAUAUGAUAAUAAACCAUCUAUAGGGUUUAUCAUUUUCUUUCAAAAUUGAGAAUAGAUAUUAAUUAUUUGGAGUUGAAAAUUGCUUUUGAUGAUCGAUGUUGUAGUGUUAUAGCAAUUUAUGUUAUAGCAAAUAUUUCGUACUGUGUUUUUUUUUUUAUCUUUUGGUAUCUUCUUAUUUGUAUUAUAAUCUUUGAAUAAAUAAACCUAAAACCUCCCCCAUUAAGUUUCA